AUCAGAAAUAACCGACCGCAUCCAAGGGUGGCGGAAUCAUACUUAUCUCAACGGAACCCUACUAGCGUGAAUGCUCCAAGUGUCGAGGCGGGCCGGCCGGGCUGCCGCUAGCCGAGGCGCGGCGGCGCCGCCGCUCCGCCGCGGAGCGGGCCGGCGAGGCGGAACGGGCCGGUCGGCGACGCUGUCUGUACUAUGUGAAGAGUGGUUCCGAGCGAGCCGAGCGGAGCGCGCGGCGGGCGGCAGUGCCGCGCGCCGGCGAGUGUCGGAGAGUCGCGGGAGGCCCCAAAGGCAUCCCCCUCGCCGAUCACCGCGACUCCGUCGCGCGCUCCGCGCUCCUCGCAGUCCACUCCUCCACCGAGGGGGUCGAUCGCGGUUCCGCGAGCUGCUCGGAGUCCCCGAGUCAAGCCCGCCGAGCCCGGGCCCCCUCCCAUCAGAGCCGUCCCGUCGCCCUUGGGCGAUCGGACGGCCCGACGCUCCACGGAGCGGAUCACAACGAUGUCGCGGACGCGCGUCGAGACCCUCGGCCGACGGUCACCUCUCCGGAGGUGCCGCGGCUCCGGGCCUCCGCUGCGUCCCCCGCACUUCGGAGCGACAGGGCAGCCACCGAGCGCCGCACACCGCCGGCAGGUCCUCCGACCCGCCGCGCAGGGACUCUCGCCGAGCGCCGGCGUUCCGGGCGCCGACUCGCUCGGCGCCCAACGACCAUCUCGCCGCACUGCGGCGAGGCAACGGAAAUCGCACCACGGUGCGUGAGGAAACGGGGUCGGGUCGCCGCGCCUCGCUUGGGCGAGCCGUCCGCGGCGCCCGCCCCAGCGUCCGGGAAGGACCGAUCGCUCGUGUCCCCGGGGCUCUGCUCGCGCGGAGCCCCUCAGCGGACGGCACAGCUCCGAUCGCUGCUUCGCACUGUGAACGGUGGGCGCUCCCGGCCGGUCGCCGUCUCUCCGGGCCGCGCUAUGCGCGCCCGGGCCGCACGGUCCGGCCCUGCGGAGCGCCGCUGCCCGCGCAGCUCCGACCCCGCCUCGGCGGGUGAUCGGCGCCGCGGGACCCGCACUCGCCGGUCGGUGAGCCUGCGCGCUACGCGGAGGCUCCCGCGCCGCGCGGAAGCAAGCAAUCUGGUUGAUCCUGCCAGUAGUCAUAUGCUCGUCUCAAAGACUAAGCCAUGCAUGUCUCAGUGCAAGCCGAACUAAGGUGGAACCGCGAAAGGCUCAUUAAAUCAGUUGUCGUUCAC